UAUUUUCCUCCCUCUCUCUAGAUCAGUAUUUAAUCCUGGGUGCUGAUGAAGGAAUCUACACUCUGAAUCUAAAUGAACUCCAUGAAGAUACAAUAGAAAAGUUGCUUCCCCAUAGGUGUUCCUGGCUCUUUGUGCUCAACAAUAUCCUCAUGUCUGUCACCGGGAAAUCUUUGCAGCUCUAUUCCCACCACCUGGUGAUGCUGUUCGAACAACGGAGAAACACUCACAAGAGACCGGUCCAUAUCUCUCUCCCAGCCAACAAGCUCACUGACAGGAUCAUCCCCAGGAAAUUCGCCCCAUCCUUGAGGAUCCCAGACACCAAAGGCUGUCGCAAGUGCUGUGUAGUGAGAAACCCCCACACGACAUCUACGUUCCUGAGUGCAGCCUUGGACAAUGUCAUCGUCCUUCUCCAGUGGUACGAGCCCCUACAGAAGUUCAUGAUGCACAAGCAAGUCAGCCUCACGCUCCCGAACCCUCUGCAAAUCUUCGAGCUACUGGUCUUCCCGGGUGAGGAGUACCCACAAGUGUGUCUGGGCGUCUGUGCUCCCACCCAGCCCGACCAGGUGCUGCAGUUUGACACCAUUCAGCUCAACGCCACGGGAUCACUCGGCCCGGAGGCACGGCCAGGUAUGGGCACCAGGAAACACCCAAAAGCAGCCGGGGGUUGGCGCCAUUGUGUGAAGAUUGUGAGUUUACACGGAGAGCCGCGGGACAGCUUGGCGCCCGAGCUGAGCUUCCGAUUCUGCGUCCAGACCGUUGUCUGCCUGCAGGACAGCGUCCUAGCAUUUUGGAGACACGGGAUGCAAGGCCAGAGUCUUCACUCGAAUGAGAUUACCCAGGAGAUAACAGAUGAGACGAGAAUGUUCCGUGUACUGGGAACCCAGAGGGAUAUCAUUCUGGAGAGUACCCCCACAGAAAAACCCACAGCCCACAGCAACCUCUACAUCCUGACUGGUCACGAGAGCACCUACUGACACUGGGGCUGAGGAUACAGGCGGCACGUGCAGAAAUCCAGACAAGAGCAGUGGAAACCUCAGGAAGACAGCAGGCGGGGGGGGGGAAAUAACAGAGCCUUUUGUUAAGUAUUAUUUAAGUUGUGUGUGGAUUAAAUUGUAAGUUGAUUUUCUGAUGGGGCACUUGUCUCGGCUCAGUUACAG